AUGGGCGACUGCAUUGAUGACGAUGUCUCCCCGCCGAUCAGAGUGAUGAUUGUUGGCGAUUCCAUGACUCAAGGUCGCGAAGGGGACUUCACAUGGCGAUACAGGCUCUGGCAAUGGAUGACAGCAGAGGGGGUCAACUUUCAGUUUGUCGGUCCAUACAAAGGAACGAAAACACCAGAAGUCUCUCGUCCUACGCACCCACCGGCAUCGGACACCGAGCCUACAUUGGAUAGCAAUGUUCCGGUUGACCUCGGCGGCUACGCUGCGGGCGUAAGAUUCGACUCUUGUCAUUUUUCAGUAUGGGGACUCCAAGCGACACAGUGCAAUGAGUUGGUACAGGACCAAGUGGAACGGUUUCGACCAGACUAUAUGCUGGUCAUGCUCGGGUUCAACGAUAUGGGAUGGGGUGUCGCGGACGCUAAAGGCACCAUCGUUGCCAUGGAACAGCUGAUAAACCGGACACGCGCUGCGAACCCGACGGCCAAGCUCGCCAUUGCCGAUGUACCGCAGCGGACCCCGAUGGAGGGGACAGAAAAGUUGGCCCCCAUGGUCGACAGAUACAAUCAGCUUCUGCGGACUUCGGCCAGGAACUGGGGGACCCAGCAGUCUCCCAUAGAGCUGGUCGAGAUUCGCGACAACUACGACUGCUCUCAUGGCAGUUAUGAUGGCCUGCAUCCCAACGCGCUAGGGGAGUUCCAGAUCGCCAGAGCGUUUUCCCGGAGCCUCGUUCGCGGCUACAGCAUUGGAACACAUGAGCUGAGCAUCCCGCUGAAAAUACCGGAACGACCUACUCCGGUGCCGGCGAACAUUGUUGCGGAGGCUGUCGCGUACGGCGUCGCCGUCACCUGGGAUGCAGUGUAUGGUGCUCUCGGCUACGACGUUAGAAGCCGUGAAGGCACGGGCUCACUUUGGAUCGAGUCGCGCACGGAAUCGAAUCGAUGCGAUUCGACCUGCACUCAGGAAGGGCUGGAGUAUCACUACCAGGUUCGGACUUACAAUGGUGAUAGUCUUGUAUCCGCUUGGUCAAAAGUAGUGUCGGCGAUGUCACGGCAGAGUCGGGUUCUGGACUCGGGGACAUUGGCGCAAGACAAGAUGCAAAACGGGUAA